AGUCACUCGUAGUGGGAUUGGGUGGGGAAGGUUAUCAUUAUUUUGUUUUAGUGAUUCAUAACUGAGUGUUAUAUUUGUGUUUAAUGAAGAAUUUUAUUGAGUUUGUUACUAAAAGAAAAAUGUACAAAAAAUUUCAGUCAUAACAAUGGUAAAAGUUUAAUUCAGCAAUGUUGACAGAGCAAGAUUGACGCGUUUCUACAGCAAAAAAUUUAGAUCUUUGCGCCUACAUUCAAAGGCAAAAUAUUAUUGUUUCUAAAAUGCCUUUCGAUUUCUUAUGUUGUGUGAGACCAGGAGCCGAAGAUGUAAUAGACUUAGAUUACUCACAUCAAUCAUUGGUAGAUUUUCCUACAGAAGUGUUCGUAUACGAAAGAACUCUGGAGACUCUGUAUUGUCAAAGCAAUCGUAUAACAGAACUACCUCGCCAGUUGUUCAUGUGCCAUGGAUUAAAGUUUCUCGAUGUGAGCGACAAUGAAGUGUCUGCGAUACCAGCAGCAAUUUCAUCUUUAGUAAAUCUACAACACCUCAAUAUUAGCAGAAACACUUUAACCUCAAUACCAGAAACUAUGAAAGCACUUAAAUACUUAUUAUUUUUGGACCUCAGUGUGAAUCCACUUGAAAAACUUCCAGAUGCUAUUACAAACUUGAUUGCAUUGCAGGAACUAUAUUUGAAUGACACAUACCUUGAGUAUUUACCUGGAAAUUUUGGAAGACUUGCAAAUUUACGUAUAUUAGAAUUAAGAGACAACUAUUUAAUGAUAUUACCGAAAUCACUGUCUCGAUCAACAGAACUGCUGAGACUUGAUAUUGGCCAAAAUGAUUUUCAACAAUUCCCUGAAGUAAUUGGCAGAUUCUUGAAGUUGAAAGAAUUAUGGAUUGAUAGUAACAGCUUAACAUGUAUCCCAGCAGUAAUAAAGCCUUUAGAAAAUCUGAUACACUUGGAAGCUACUAAUAAUAUGAUUGAAGAACUUGCUCCGGAAAUUGGUUGUUGCAAACAAUUGCAAGAUCUGACAUUAACACUUAAUCAUCUGACACAGCUACCAGACAGUAUUGGUCAGUUAAGUAGUUUGACUACGUUGAAGCUAGAUAAUAAUAGAUUAUAUUCCAUCCCAGAGAGUAUAGGACAAUUGUCAAAUCUUGAAGAAUUAAUGCUAAUGUGUAAUUAUUUGGACAAAAUACCAUCAUCUAUUGGUCUUCUUCGUAAACUUCAAUACCUCAAUCUUGAUGAUAAUAUGCUGAGAUUAAUACCCCCAGAAAUUGGUAGUUGUAAUAAGUUAUCUGUUUUAUCACUCAGAGGCAAUAAAUUGAACAAGAUACCUCCAGAAAUUGGUCAUUUGACUUCUUUAAGAGUUUUGAAUUUAGUGAGGAACUCCCUCACAUGUCUUCCUCAGUCAUUAUUAAAUUGUGAUAAUUUGGUGGCUCUUUGGCUCUCUGAAAAUCAAAAUAAACCCUUAGUGCCUAUGCAUUCUGAAGUAGAUCCUCGCACAUAUGAACAAGUGCUGACUUGUUUUCUUUUCCCUCAAGUGCCUUUAGCUCCUAUUGAAAUCAAAUCAGAUAAUGGGAAAUCAGAAAAUGUUGAUAAUAAUACUUCAGUUCGCCACAUUAGCUUUGAAGACAUGAAAGCAGCACCAAAAGUGCCUGAAAAACCGGGGCAGCUAAGAAGAGCACCAACACCAUAUCCAAAAGAAUUGAGAGCUUUGGCAAAACAUGCUAGAAACAUACAUAAAGAUGGCUCCCAAGAUGUAUCCCCUUCAAUGCAAGAUGCAGUAUAUAUUAAAGCAGCCAAAAUUACACCUACUCUACAACAAAGAUUUGCAUCUGAUAAUAAAAUAGAACAAGAGUCAAGCAAAGAUCACACUGAUGGAAUAAACAAUGAAGCUAUGAAAACAUCAGUUUAUGAUAACCUUUCCUCUGAAAACACAUAUGAUAAGCCACUAGAUCUUGCACAUGAACAAGGCACCACAUACAAAAGUGUAGAUCAUGCUUUAUAUCCUGAAAAUAAUGAAACCAGUCAAAGCAAAUAUAAAAAUGAAAGUUCAGAGACUUAUGAUUUAACACAGACGCAGUAUUGUAAACAGCAUGGUGAUAAAUAUUCUGCAAGGCAAGAAAUUGAUAGAUCACACGCACCAACACCGCAGAAUGUUUAUAGUGGUUAUGUGGGAUACAGUAACUAUCAAAAUUCGAAGGAGAACAGUUAUGGAAAUAAUUUAGAAGAAAGCCAGACACAUUUGCAAAGACUCAGUGUGAGUUCUCAUGGCAGAAGUAGUCAAAAUGAAACUAUACUUUUACCUUCACAUUUCAGUGAACAUUCAUAUAAUCCCAGACCGCCCAUCAAUAAUGUUCCUAAUUUUAAUCCUAUUUACUCCAGGAAAGAUCAUAUAUGUCACCCUGUUCAUGAUCAUGGUUUUCAUGAAAAUGUUUAUCAAACAGAAGGUCAUACGCACACCAAAGAUAAAUCAUAUAAUACAAGAAAUUAUGAUACUUACAGCUAUCAUUCACACAGUAGCCGAGAUCUACCAAGUCCUAGAGUACAUACUGUGAGUCAAGUAGUGAGCUCUACUACAAUGCCAAAUUUAAAUAACUACAGCAAUAAUUAUCCAAAUGCAGUAGAUAGACAUGCAUACCAGCCACCUAUGCAUCAGACACCAACUCCAAAUGCAAAUAUUUAUAUACCAGUUGGUAGUCCAACUUAUGUAGCAUCACAAUCACCUGAACUUUAUUCACCCACAGGCCAUACAAACGAAACAAAUCCGUACCGCAUGACUAACACUCCACUUGUAUCUGAUGAUGGUAGCUACAGCCAAAUCCAUGCUACUUCUAGUCAAAAUAUGUAUGAAAUAUAUGAUGCCAUGCCAGCUCCUAAUCCACCUAACGUGAUAGGACACAGACAGAGUCCCAGUAAUAUAUCGGAGACGAUGUAUAGCAGGCAGCCACCUCCAUAUCAUAUUGCAGCACCAUUCACAAAACAUGCCCAGUACUUUAAUGGUACAGGUGGAUAGUGUUUAAAAUUAAAAGCAUGUGUUUUCUGCAGAAAAUGCAUUAACACAGAAAAAUAUUAGUAUAUUAAAAUAUGUUUUAUGCAAUUCAGUAACUGUUUGUUUCUUGAAUGUGCAAUAUAUAAUAUGUGAUAUCAUUAAUUGGGAAAUUUUUAAUGUUAAGGUGCUAGGAAUGAGAAAAUAAUAAUAAAAAAACACAUUAGGGAAUGUGAAGUUGUACAUAUAUAAAGUAAAUAUACUAAUAUUAAUUUAAUACUUAGUAUAAUUCGAAAACAUUUAAAUUAUUAAAAUGUACAUUUCUACAGUUUGGCAUGUAUUUAUGUACUAACUAUGACUUGUAACACUUAUGUUGUUUCAAAACGUUACUGUAUUAUGUGUAUUUGUGGUCUUGAUAAGAUACUUAGUCUGUCCAGAAGUGUGAAUUUUAUUGUGUGAUUUUAAAGGAGGAAAUAUUUACAUUACCCGUCGAAUAUACGUAAUUUAAAAGCUUCAAAGAAGUUUGACUAUUUUUAAACCUUAAAUUUAAGUUCUGGGCAGGCUCAGACUAUAUCUAUUAUAAUAUUUGAAAUUAUACUGUCUAUUUUACUACUAUAAAUAUUAUUGAGAUUUCUUUUUAACUUAAUAUGUUAAGUAUUAUGUACUCUCACAGUUGUUAAUUCUAUUGAAAAUUCUUGUUUUAUCUGUGUAAUGAUAAGAAAAAAGGUAAAAAUGAUUCUACACUACUUAAUUGUGUAUUUGAAUUUGACGAAAAUUACAAACUUAAAACAAAUAUCAUAACUAUACUACAUUUGAAAAAACCACAAGGACAAACUUGGAUUUUUUUAAUGGUGAUCUAUAAAAUGCAUUUCUUAAUAGUGCUACAAUAUUAAUAAAGCACAAUCAGCAUAAAAUAUUUUUUUCAGUAAUGAUUAUGAUCCAUUUUCAAAAACCCAAUCAUUGAUAUGUUGCAGUUGUAUGAAGAUAUGGAUAUGAUGUGUUAAAAAAUCUAGCAAAAAAGCGAAAAAAAAAAUUUAAUACUUUAAAAACGUCCUAACAAUUUUAAUCUGUUCUCUCAUUUUGAAAAUUUUUAUACAUAUACCUAUACUUUUAUAAAUAAGUAUAUAAUUUUACUACUACUACUACUACUUAUUUAAUUAUAAUAUUGAUAUUUUAAAUUUUAUCAGAAGGGAUAAAUGGGUAAAACGCCCAGAUCUAAUAAUCUGGCCUCAGAGGUAGAAUGCUAAUUACUGUACCUUAUACUAACGAAUAAGACUACUAAUACAGAAGUCUGGUUAUAAUGCCAAAUGUUUUUUUUUACGCAUCGUGCUGAAUGUUUAAGUAUUAAAUAAAUUUUAUAUUGUAUGUACCUAUUCUUAAUCUUCUUAAGGUAUUAUUUUGUUGGUCCUAAAAUGCAAUGAGAAUUUUUAGUUUUAAUUUAAGUACUUAUCGAAAUAACAAAAAAAUAUAUAAACACAAAAGAAGUGAUAAUAUGGUUCAAAUUAUUGUCAAAAAUCAUUAGGUAACAAACACGCUGAUAAUAUUUAGUCUAUAAUAAUUUUGCUCUCUAAUAAUCUACUGUGAAACAUUUUGAUGUGUUUUUGAGGGAACAUAUUGUAUGUAUAAUAUUAUGUAAACAAUAAUGCAAACCAAAACAUCCUAAUUGCUAUAAGUCCUUACAUCACAAAAAAUAUGUGUUUUUAUUUUUAAUAUAUCUUAACAGGAUAUCGCAUUUUGUAAAAUACUGGAUGACUAUAUUUUAACGAUCGGUUUUAAACGCGGGUACUAAUUGUAUGUGAAUUUAUUGAUUCGUAAAAUUAAGCUUUUUCUCACUGGUAGGUAACUACUGAAAUUAAUUUCAAUUGACAAAGCUUAACGUUACGAAGUAUUUAUGCAAUAAUACGAAUUUAAUAUUUAUUUGUAAUUAAUUAAGGAUUCUUGACUGUAAUAUAAUAAUUUGGUAUGUAAUGUACCUUAAUGUACAAUAAACUGCGGGAGUUGGGGAGCGAGUGACUGGUUUAUCAUACUAGACAUUUUUGAGCUUGACUAUUAACUGUGUUUACAAAGCAACGGAUGGAAUUGAUUAAACCGUCCUACUUGGUUAGCCGUGAUUCGCUGUAACGAUUUUUCCGUAUAUUGACGAGAUAUGAUGCCUGAACUGGUUUUGGCGCUUAGGAGUCAAUAAUUUUUAUAUUAUGACAUCAAAAGAACAGACAAAACAAUAAUAGAAGUUAUGUAACUGGUUAAAAUCAUUGAUAUAACUCAUUAACUUGUAAUAAAUAAUAAAUAAUUGAAGGGUUGAAUAUUCGUAAUACAACACGAAUCAGAUUUCGGACCUUUGGUCAAAGUGAUGGGCGAUAUUUACGUAUUGGUUUUGGGUUCCAGUAACUUUAACUUAACACAAGGAGUGUCAUGAGUAUGUCUGUUCGUUUACUUUACGUAGGUAUUCAAAAAUCACAUCAAUGAAUUCGAAAUUAGGAUCAGUCAAAGUUGAAAAGUCUAGUAUGAGUAAAAGCGGCUGAAUUUUAAUUAUGUACCUAUCUUAAAUUUUACAUUUUUAUAAUCUUUGUACUUUUUGAUUGUUAACAUCAUUUCUCUCACACUCAUAAUAAUUGUUAGAAUAGGAAUAUAUUUUCUUUAUGGUGACACUUGGCAUGGGCUAUUUGUACAAACAUUUGUGUUAAAUUGUCGAAUAAAAAUCUACCCGAUUCUCAAUAUUGAUUAAGCUUAGUAACUCAUCAUACAGUACAAUUAUGCGGAGCGAAAAUCAACGUUAAACUAGUGAGAUUAGAUUUUUUUAUUGUUUAAAACACAAGUUCCAUUGUUCUGCAGUCUAAAAAACCUGUAAUAUUCAAAACGGUUGUAUCAUAUUAAUAUAGAUUAUUAGCGAAUAUAGACCAGUGAUGUUUUGUAGGAUUUGUAAAAAAAAAUGCCAUACACAACUUCGAAGCAUAGAGCUAUUAUAAUUUAUAUAGAAAAUAUUGUAAUAAACGUAUUGAGCACUAUUAAAAUGCAGUUAUUAGUAGCGUCACUGUUUAUAAGUGAAGAAGCACAACUCCAUUAUUGUAAUUUAAAUUGACGACGUUAGUAACACGAAUAAAUGUAUUUUUAUAAAAAAAAAA